AUUUUCCUUUUUUCCAGUAAUAAUUGAUCGAAAUCACGAAUAUAUAUUGUUAUCUUACCCUAAUGACUAUGUAUAGUGAAUACGGCAUCGACAGCGUAUGGCUUUGUACAACAGUAUUCGUUUUCCUUGGCACAUAUUACUACAUGAAGAAUCGUAACAAACGCAAAUGCCUUCCGCCAGGUCCAACAGGUUUACCUUUGGUCGGAUACAUUCCGUUCAUGGGGAAUCAUCCACCACGAAAAUACGUUGAGCUUGCAAAGAAAUAUGGACCUGUAUUUUCUGUCAAUAUCGGUUCUGAAACAUAUGUGAUUUUGAACGAUUAUGAAUCAAUACAAGAGGCUCUCGUGAAAAACGGUCAUGCAUUCUCAGGACGUCCUCAGUUUUACGUUCUUCGGAGGCUCACAAAUGGUUACGGGAUUAUUUUCAGAGAUUUUGAUGAACAUUUCAAAGAACAGCGAAAAUUUACAUUAAUGACUUUAAGGGGUUUCGGUGUUGGAAAACGCAGCAUGGAAGACAGAAUCACAGAAGAAAUUGAAUAUUUUACCGAUUUGAUUGCAUCUUACAACGGCAAGUCUUUCAAUUGCCAGACUGUUUUGUCAACCUCGGUUUCAAAUGUUAUAUGUAGUAUUGCUAUGGGGUCCAGGUUCUCCUACGAUGACGAAGUUUUCAAAGAAAUGGUUCAAAUGCUCAACAGAGGAUUUGGUGACAAGAGAGAUGCAAUACACCUUGCCUUGUUGACAUAUGCUCCGGGACUAAGACAUUUUCCAAUUCUUUCUGGAGCCUUCAAACGUAUGAUCAACGACAUUGAGAAUGUGUUAGCUGUAUUCAGAGACAUAAUUGAGAAACAUCGCAAAACUUUUGACAUUGAUAACACUCGUGACUACAUUGAUGAAUAUCUUAAACAAAUGGAACUAAGAGGCGAAGAGAAAUCUUCAUUUAAAGAAGAACAGCUUCUUCAAACAAUGCGAGAUUUUUUUCUUGCUGGAACCGAAACAACAUCUAGCACUCUGAGAUGGUGCUUUCUAUGCUUUGCCCAUUAUCCAAAAAUACAAGAAAAAGUUUCAAAAGAAGUAAAACAAGUCAUUGGGUCUGGAGUUCCUUCGAUGAGUCACAAAGAAGCUAUGCCGUACACUUGUGCGUUCAUCCAUGAAAUCACGAGACACAGAACACUAGUACCUUUAUCAGUUCCGCACAUCACGACAGAAGACGUGGAAUUCAGAGGAUACAAAAUACCAAAGGGAACACCGGUACUGCCGAACUUAUAUGCCGUGAAUCACGACCCAAACGUCUUUAAGAAUCCGGACGAUUUCAAGCCUGAAAGAUUUAUUGAUGACACCGGGAAAUUUGUUCCAAGUAAUCAAGUGGUUCCGUUCUCUGUUGGUCCAAGAUAUUGUCUCGGCGAACAACUUGCAAAAAUGGAACUCUUUCUUUUCUUAACCAACAUAAUACAAAGAUUUGAAAUCGUACCUGAUCCUGAAAAACAUCUUCCCAGUUUUCAUGAGAGUAUUAUCGGAAUGGCCGAAGCCGCCUUACCAUACGAAGCAUCAUUUCGACAACGAUGAAGAUUUUUUGUUUCCCAACUUUUCUACCUUCGGCAUAUGUAUGUGUAAAUAUUUUUUAUAUGCUGGUAUAUGUUAUUGAAUGUUUACCCGUUAAAAAUUGCUACUAAUAAAAUAAAUUACCAUUUAAAGUGUUCACGGCAAAUGCAUUGGACAUAGGUUAUGGAAGUCGAAAAUAAUUAAAUACCUUUUGAAAAUUUGAUUUUGGAAAUACGGAGUUACUUUUGGUGCCGCUUUCAUGGCAUCUGAUUGUAUGUUUAUUAGGGUAGAUUGAUUUCGUUGGCAGCGUUAUUAUUUAUAUUUACCGGUUUCUACAUGAAAAAUUAUUCAAUUGUUUUCAAAAAUGUAAUGUUAUAUAUAUCCACGAGGUUGUUUGAGGUGUCUCUCUCAGGGCAUGUGAUCGUAUUCUCAUGUACUGGCGCAGAGACAUUGGAAAUUAGUGCAUUUUUAAUAAAUUUACAAACUCUAAAAUGGAAUUUCAUCGUUUUCGUUCAAACAUAUUUAUGUUGCCAUGCAUCGGAGGUUAUUCGGUUCUAUUAAACAUAAUAUACAUUAUAAUUUCGUGAAGUUGCGUGUAGCGGUGUUUUUAAAAUUAUCAUGUGAAGCAUUCAACAUUUAAUUCAGUAAGUCAGAUAAAAUCAUCGGUUUGUUAUGUUCAUGGUGUUUAUACAUUGAACUAUUGAAUUGUGGAUUAGUACUCAUUAAAAAUAAGGUUAGGAGGUAUUUGUUUGCUAGGCUUCAUUGCAUCGGUAUAUUGCUGAACAAUUUCAAUGACAAUGCUGGAAAUUGAUUUAUAUUUUAAAACAUCCUCAUGGAUAUUUGAUCUUUUUUCAAUUGCUUUAUGCAUGCUACUUCUGAAAUAACAAGAAUUCAGCAUCCCGUUUUUACAAAAUAGAAAACUGACUGUAUCACAA